CUUGCCGGAAGACCAUUCACUCGCUCUCGCUCUUCAACAGCUUUCGCAAUGCCCUCAGCAGAUCCAUCGCCAUGCACCACUCCUCGUAAGAGAGCACGUCGCCAUGAAGAGAACUCAGAAGGGCUGGAGACAGAUGUCGAAGGGACUCAGACACAGUCGACGCCGCGUGCUCAGCGGAAGCUAGAGGACGACCAGGUCGCCACGCUCAUGACCCUCUUCAACUACGACACUCAACCGACUACUGCGCGAAAGCAGGUUAUCGCUCAGGAAUUGGGAGUUGAUCUUUAUACCAUCUCAGCCUGGUAUCGCAAGCGGCGCAAGGCGCUUGAGAAGCGAUGCCCCAUCGACUCGAAUGGAAAGCCCCUUAUUACCAUGUCGCCUUCCCCGCGGAAGAAGACAUCUCCUCCAGCCGGCCAUAAGGACCCUCCACGCCGAAAGAGCAUCACCAUCGACGAGCUCGCAGAGUCCGCGCAGAAGAUCCGCGUCUCGCGCACGCGCCACAAACGACGGACAGAGCACGGAGGCAGGCGUGGCAUCACGCUCGAGUGGGCGUGCGAGCAGCAGGCGCAGCGCUGGGGGCAGUCCGAAGAUGCAUGGUCCGCCGCCGCGCACGCCUCGGAUGCGGAGGGGAGUGUAGGGGGCUCAUCGAUCAGCGUGGGCGACGCGUACGAGACGCGCCCGUCGCGCUACGCCACGCCCCCGCCACCGCAGAGCGAGACCGCAUCAGAGGCCGCACUGUCUCUCCUCUCGCUCUCCGGCUCCGUCGUCGUUUUCCCGGGCACGUCAUGA